UACUUCUCCUUCCCCAAUCAUUCAAAUCUCUAGCUUUGCUGCCGCUUCGUCAACAACCCAACACCAUCACAUCAUGUAUCUCACGCAUACCUCAAAACACAUGGUUUACUUCUACAAUACACUAGUUCGAUGCCUAUCCUCAAGCUCGCCACUCUCUACCAUUGCUUCUGGAUGGAGCAAUAUUUCCCCCUCCAAUCUUUUGAGACAAUCGUCAAUAUAACUUCAAAUUUUCUUUACCACAACGAUGACGCCCACCCAUAUAAGCAAGCAAGCAAGCAAGCAGCCGUAUAUGCCAGUCAAAAGGAAACUUACAAAUUUAUGCUUACAAGGCUAGGUCUGUUAAACCCCGUCCACGUUUUCCUUCACUACCUCUUUUCCCUUAACUCGUUGAUCGAAAUUUGUCGACUCACCGUGUUCCCAACCUCUAGAUAUGCUACUUACAAGGCCCGAUUUCAUAAUUUCAAAGUUCUCGUUUCCUUCCUCGCUUUCUUUUUGGGUUCUAGGGUUUGUUACCGACACCCAUAGCUGAAAGUUCAAAAUCUGAUUUUUUUUUCUUUGUUUUCAGAUCUACUUCCAGCAUCUAAACGCGACCGUUUCCUGAAGUCAACUCGGAGCUUCAAAUUAUAAGGGUUUGGAAUUUGGUAAAGAUUAAAAAGAAAACGAAAAAAAAAUUCAACAUAUUAUAAUUUUGUUCUCCAUUUAUUACAACUAUUUUCCCCCCAAAAUUGAACUUUGCUUUUCCUGAUUCGUUUAAUCUUUUAAACCCUAAUCUUAAUAGUUAAAACCCCAUUUAAUUGAUUCGGGAAACUGAAGUCGCCAAUAGUCAAAAUAAAAAUGGCUCGCUUCAUUCCAACAGCUCAAAGAGCAUUUGUCUCUGCUGCUUCGAAAACCCUAACUAAUAGCAUCCAAUCACGAGUCGCAUCUGCAUCUUCACUACUCCAAUUUAAUCCCUACGCAACCUCCCAAACCCACAAAUCGCCUUUCACAGCCAACAUCAUCAGAAUCCUAAGCAAUGAGAUCGAGUACCAGCACGACUACGCUCCUCCCCAUCAGCCUGCUACGAGCUUCAAUUCCUUUACGGUCCGAGACCGACCGGGAGAGAAGUGGAUGACAAUGAGGGGAAAAUACGGAGAAUAUGAAGAAAUCAAAAUUGAAGUAACCAUGUUUGACGGUUGUGUUUUUGUUCCUAAGCCUGGAGAAGAUAGCACUGGGGAGAAUGUGGUUCUUCACAUUAGCUUACUUGUUGAUAUUUCCAAAGGUCAAGGUUAUCCUGAUAUGGAAUUUUUGUGCUCAGCUUGGCCUGAUCAUUUAGAAAUCCAGAAAGUUUACUUGCUAAAUCGCGAUAAGACUAUUAUUAACCCUUACAUGGGACGUGAUUUGAGGAGGAAAAAGAAUCGGAAGCUUCAGAGGACACUUGGUGAUUACUUGGAAGAAAGGGGAGUAAAUAAUGAACUCUGUGUUUUCCUGCACGACUAUAUGAUGAAUAAGGAUAGGAUUGAAUUGAUCCAGUGGUUGGGAAAUGUCAAAUCCAUUGUGGAGAAAUGGAAUCAGGUUUGCUUAUAAAAAUCUGAUCCGUGCUUUCUAGUAUUUUUCUGCACGAGGUUCACAAGAUUUCUGUUUAGGUUCCUCUAUGAUUUGUAGCAGUCUAUAUGAAACAUGAAAUACAAAUUGACUAUAUUUCGGCAUUGGACUGUUAUUCAGAGUUGUAAAGGUAAGUUUAUCAGGAUUCUAUACAUCCACCAACUCUCUCUUUUAGAGCUUGGAUAUGUUGUUAACUAUAUUUUAGGGUCUCAGAGUAGUGAACAACCUUUAUUUUGGUGUUCUAGCAAUCCUUGCCCAGUAAUUGUAAUUGCCUUGCUUCAUUGUGUUCCUCAAGUAAUGCAUGAUAUCUGCAAGACUCAAUUCUAAUUUAUGCAUAUGAAAGGGUUGGUAAUUACUGAAAA